UCGCCCGCGGGUCUCGGGGCCCUGCUCCCACCAUGGGCCGCCGGAGGGCAGCGCGCGGGCCGGGCGCCGAAGGCGGCCGCACUCGGCGAACCGCGGGCCGCUCUCUGGAAGCGUUCGCCGAGGAGGUGAGCGUCGCGCUGCGCGCGUCCGUGGAGCCAGAGACGGCCGAGGACAGGGACAGCCGGAGCCCGGCGCCGCUGCCUUGCACGCUAGCCAUGUGGGAGCUGGGCCACUGCGACCCCCGGCGCUGCACCGGCCGCAAGCUGGCCCGCCUAGGCCUGGUGCGCUGCCUGCGCCUCGGUCACAGGUUCGGCGGCCUCGUGCUCAGCCCCAUGGGCUCCCAGUACGUGUCCCCCGCUGACAGACAGCUGGUGGCACAGUCGGGCGUGGCUGUCAUCGACUGCUCCUGGGCCAGACUGGAGGAGACGCCCUUUGGGAAGAUGCGGGGCAGUCACUUUCGGCUGCUGCCUCACCUGGUGGCUGCCAACCCUGUGAACUAUGGCCGGCCCUGCAAACUGUCCUGUGUGGAGGCGUUUGCGGCCACCUUCUGCAUCCUGGGCUUCUCAGACCUUGCUGUCAUUUUGCUGCGGAAGUUCAAGUGGGGCAAGGCCUUCCUAGACCUGAACCGUCAGCUCUUGGACAAGUAUGCAGCCUGCUGUGGCCCAGAGGAGGUGCUGCAGGCAGAGCAGGAGUUCCUGGCCCAUGCCAAGGAGCGCCCAGAGGAGGAGAUCGAUCCCUUUGAUGUGGAUUCAGGUCGAGAGUUUGCAAAUCCCAACAGGCCCGUGGCUGGCACCCGGUUGCCCAGGGACAGUGAUGACAGUGACAGUGAGGAGGAGUCUGAGGCACUGGGGCCCGAAGCUGAGGAUGGAGGCCACAGCAGCAGCAGCCCAGAAGAGGAGGAGACGCAGGAGCAGGGGUCAGAGGCCAGGGCCCCUGCCGAGCUUUGGAAAGGAAUCAAGAAACGGCAGAGAGACUGAAGGUUCCAGGCGUGUAUUUUUCAAGGCAGAGUGAUGAGGAAACCUAGCGACAGCAGCGGCGGAACUGGUGGGAACGACAGGCCUGGCGGUCCUGGCUCAUCGAUCGCAUCUACGAGCAGCACUGGGCUCUGUCAGGUUCUCUCCCAAAGCUUCUGUCACAGCCUUGCUCUGGGUCCUGCCUCAGAGUCCCUAAUGAAGCUGCAGGGACACUU